AUGACACGGUUACUUGCUCAUGAUAAGGGUUUCGGUGUGAUUACAAUUAUGGGCAUGGAAGGCAUUGGGAAGACAACCCUAGCCAAGUUAAUCUUUAACAAUAAAGCUGUUGUGGAUCACUUCCCAUUUCGUGUUUGGACAUCAACGACUGCUUGUUCAACUCUUAGUGAUUUCCAUCAAAUUCUAGUAGACAUGAUGGAACAAUUGAUGAACUACAAGAUGAGAGUCACCAGAGAUGCAUGGGUGAGCAUUGAAGACAUGCAAAAGCUGAAAGCUUUCUUGAUUGAUAAUAGGUCUCUCAUAGUUAUGGAUGAUGCUUCUAACUUUUUUUCCUGGCAUGACCUAUUCACCAUGCUUGGAGAUACAUCAAAUGGGACCAGAAUGAUUAGGAUCACUCGUGAAAUGGGUCACGGCGCUUCAAAUCCUAAAACAAGGAGUGAUUUUCACCUACAUCGUUUGCGAGCAAAUGAUCAGAGUUGGGCAUUGUUUACCCAUGCUCUGAAGGUAAGCGUACCCCCAGAACUGCAAGAGCUGAAAGAGAAAAUUGUAAGAAGAUGCGAGGGAUUGCCACUGCUGAUUGUAAAAUUGGCAGAAGCACUCUCACACAAGGAUGCAACCAUUGAGGAGUGGUCCAGUGCACUUCAACAGCUUUGUCAUGACCAAGAAAAAGUGUGGUCCAAUAUCCUUUGUAGGAUCUACACGGAUUUGUCCUUCUACAUGAGGAGAUGUCUAUUUUCUCUAACUUUAUUUCCUCAAGAUUUAGAUAUCCCAUCAAGAAGAUUAAUAGCAUUGUGGGUUGCAGAGGAUUUGGUGCAAACAGAGGGCAAGAAUGGAGCUCCAGAAGAUGUUGCAGAGAGUUGUUUACAUCUGCUGAUAGCCUUUGGAAUGGUUCAAGUGACAAAGAAGAAGCUUAAUGGGAAUGUUAAAACUAUUCACCUGCCUAAUGCCCUAAGACAAUACUGGUUAUCCCAAGCCACAACUCUUAGAGAUCAUAUUUACACAAGAUCUGAAUUGUUCCUAGGCAAUGAAAUGAUCCGCCGUGUUAGAAUUUGA